AAUAGCUGAUAGCUUAAUCGGGUCAUGAGAUCAAUGUUUUUGUGCUCGCUCCCUGAUAAAGAGAGGCUGAAAUGAGGCCAAUGUGGUUGUAAAUGGCGUCUCUGUCGAUAAUAACCUGAAGGCUGAGGGUUCAAAUCCAGCUGGAGCAGUGAAUUAUUCUAAGUAAAAGCAUAUAUGACACUUAUGUCCACAUUAAUCACCAGAACGCUGCUUUUGACAUCUUUAAUAAACAGCGGGAUCAUAUUCAUGUGACAAAUGUGAAACUUGAGGCUGCCCGAGUGUAAAGUGCCACAUUACUGCUCCCACUGUGAACCGUGGAGUGUUUUCUUUGGAAUAAAGCGUUCCAGGAAACGAGCUUCAUCUUUCAGACUAAUCCGUUUCAGACAGUUGAUGCACUCUAUAUUUAUCCCGAUGUGACUCAAACAGCCGCUGCUGGGUUACUCCUGUUGACUGUAACUCAGUAAUGACUGGGGGGCAAAGAGCAUUAAGAAGUAAAUAUUCAGAGGCAUGCUGGGUAAUGUAGUGCUUCUUUCUGAGAUGUUCGCUUGACUUUAAGCUCGCGGAUUAAGCGACAGUGUUCGCAGUGCACUGACACUGGAGGAGAGGGACCUAAAUACGAAGCUCAUUUUGUCCCCGUUUGACUUCAAUCUGAUUUGGUGUCGUGGACGUCCACGCGAGAGGCCCGACAGACUUCGUUUCCCACAAUGCACCAGGUGUGAACCCGUGAAACGCUCCGCGGUGCGGACGUGUUUGACAGUAAUUCAAAAAUGGGGCAGCGGAGCAGAUAAGAGUGACCGCGGCGGAGUGUGACGAAGGCCUCCAGACACCCCGAAGCUCUCCGAGCCUCUCCGACUCCUCCUGCUUUGUGUCCGUUUGCCUCUUUUGGUUGUUUGUGUCCUGCUCGCGGAGCCUCACGCGCUGAUCGACAAAAACGGGAAUGAAUGAGGACAGCAGACUGUGAAAAAGUUUCUUUUUUUAGGCUUUGAUCUUCGUGAGGGCAGAAACCAGUGAGCCGAGCCCCUGAGGAGUGAGUCCUCUCGCCGUCACACGAUCUUUGGCGCUAGCUACACACGGCUACAGCUAACGGGGACCAGCGGACCGAGCGGCGGCUCCUCGCUUCGGUAUGAUGCCCGGUGACAGCAGUAUGGCCUCCCUAGUUCAGAGAAUAGCUCGGCAGGCUCUCGUCACCUUCAGGAACCCACCCGCGGUGGGCGACGAGGCUUCCAAGUCCUUCCUGGAGAACCACGGCAAGCUCCGGAGCCUGAUGUCGGAAGUGCGGGCGGCCGACCUGAAGCUCGUCCCGCGGAGAGCCGAGGACGGCGGCGCGCCCCCUGCUCAGCACCCGUAUCACCGCGGCGCGCCCCCGGUCACCUACAUGCACAUCUGCGAGACAGACCAGUUCAGCAUGGGGGUGUUCCUGCUGAAGAGCGGGGCCUCCAUCCCGCUGCACGACCACCCGGGCAUGCACGGCGUGCUCAAAGUCAUGUACGGGAAGGUCCGGAUCAGCUGCUUCGACCGGCUGGAGCGACCGGGCGGGGGCGGGGGCGCGCUGCCCCGGGCGGAGAUGGGCGCUCUGCGGCGCUGCGUGCUCCGCUCCACCGGGGAGUACACGGAGGAGAGCGGACCCUGCGUCCUCUCCCACCGGGACAACCUCCACCAGAUCGACGCCGUGGACGGGCCCACAGCUUUCAUGGACAUCUUAGCCCCGCCGUACGACCCGGACGACGGCAGGGACUGUCACUACUACAAGGUGCUGCCCGGGGAGGGGGUCAAAGACUCGGAGCAGACGGAGAAGGAGGUCUGGCUCAUGGAGAUCUCGCAGCCUCCGGAGUUCUGGUGCGGAGGGGAGCCGUACCCGGGCCCGGAGGUGUGCCUCUGAUCCCCCCUCCACCCUCCCGGAGCCCUGCAGCCUGGCUGGAUCCACGAGGGAUCUCCACGGUCAUCAUCAGAGCCGCCAGCAGCUGCAGGCGCAGAUUAAAGGGCCAAAUGUGGGAUUAAGUUGUGGCAAAGGGUAGAAAUGAUGCAUCAGCCCUGCAGCACACACUCUGCGAGCGUGAAUUUUAUUCACUCCAGCUUCUGCUUCACUUGGACAAACAUCGGAGCCUCAGGCAACAGUAAACGACUUCCUGCCCGUGCUGUGAUCCCCGUGGAUGUGACGGUCAGGAAGCCACAUCUGAAUCAUUCUGUUGAUGUGCUCACUUUCAGGAAGUAGUUUUAUUUUUAAAAACUGAUGCUCUUUGCUCUACAGAGACUCCAGUUAAGCCAGAGUCUGUCCUGAAAACCUGACUGAAUGCUAAUAAACUGCUCUCGGUAUUUAUAUUUACUCUGCUCAGUGACACUAACUGUAUAUGGAGGACCCCAGCUGCCCAAAUCACACAUAAAUCCCUUGUUGAAUAAGUUUUCUUGGAUUCAGGCUGUCAAAAUAGGGGAAAAAAUAGAUGGCAAAAUAAAUAAAAUGGAAAUAAGUGUGACUGAUAAACUGUGCAGACUGAAACGACCACAGUGAAAUACAGCCGAUAAGCCUUAAUGCAUCAAUAAGAUUAUUAAUCGUCCAUGGGCAUAGAUGAAUAUUGGAUUCAUAAAUUUUGAUCUAUUGCUAUAUAAUAAAUUAAUUCUCCCAUUUCAUUACCUUUCCAGUUAUUCACUUAUAAAGUGUUUAAAAUGAUUUAAAAUUGAUAUAGAGGACUAAAUAAUAUGUUUUUUUUGUGAUUUGCCAUUAAAUACGUAGGACUGUAACCAUCAAAAAACUCCAUGUUGUUUGUAUGCAUUACUAACUCUUCAAAGAAUAUAUAGGUAAAUUAAUAAAUAAGGGAUUAAAUGUAAUUGCAAGAGAUUCUAGGCCAAAGGUUUAACUGUGAAGGAAAACAUAAAAAGAAAUAUAAAAAAUAAAGUAAAAUAAUGCAGAAGCAACUUUGCUGUGAAAGUAUUAAAUGACCCAAAAAUACAUGUUAGUAUUUUAAUUAUGUAUUAAUUUAUAAAUGAUCAGGUGGUGCGUAAAUAUUUAAAUUUUAAAUAUUUAUUCUAUAAAGUGACAGUUUUUGUUUUCUUAUUCUUUUGUUGAUCAUUUUCUUUUCUUUGUUUCCACAUUUUGUUUUUGUAAAAUCAAAAUGUUUGUGAUGUUAACUUUUUGAUUUUUGGUGGAUAGAUGCCAAAAUUGAAAAUGAAUUUAAAAAGGACAGAAAGAAGUUAACUGCACAAGUUUGUGUUUUUGGUUUAUUUUCAUUUUUGGCAGCUUCAGUCUUCCAUAAAGUGUUGAAUCUGAAUCUGACCGACAGCUGUUUCGUUACAGUCACAUCUGGACUGAGUUUCAAAGCUAAAGUCAGACCAAGUGUGUUUAUUUGACACCUGAAAGUUAAUAAUGCUGCAUUUGAGAAAAGUCUGGAAUUUUCUGUUUUCAUUUUGACUGAAUUUUUCAAGGUUCACUGAAAACAAUAAUAAUUGGGACGUUUUUAAUACACGUCAGUACUUCACGUCCUUCAGUCUGAGGACCUCACUGGUAAUGAAUAACUUGUGGUAUUUAUACAAAAGAAGGUUUCAGGUACACGAACAACUACAGAGGACUGUAACUGUCAAAAUAAUUACUUAUUAGGAACAAAACCAUAUUGGAAAUAAAUGCAAGCAUUAAUCACAUUUUUAAAAUGAACUUAAUUAUGUUCACUUUGGUUUUCUUUUUUAACCAACUUUAAAUAUUUUCCUUUCCUCUUGUCACCUGACUUAUUUCCCCAAAUAUUUUUUGUUUUUACUUUAUUUUUUCUACAGUUCUGCUUCAGCUAAACCGUCUGAAACAUACAAAUAAUAAAACUAUAAAACUGCCUAAAUCACAAAUGAAUAUAUGAGUGGUAAACAUUUAUACUUUUGCCCAACGCAGAAAUAAAAUGAAGGAUGAAUUGGGGGCUAAUGUACCUUAAAAUAAAUAAUUACUGCGAAUAGAAAUAAAUACAGUAAUAAAUAGCAACACAAUCGGUUCAUUUAUGUCCACGUAGCAUUAAUAUUCACUUUGAUGGCUUUAUUAGCAAAUAUAUAAUUCCGCAAUGUAAUUUAGAUUUUUGGCUUCUCUGGUUCUCCGUACACGUAUACCCAGCCGCUACCACGUAUUACUCGCCGCAUGAGGGGAAACAAAAACAUCCCAGGCUCCUGGCUGCUCCUUGAAAGCAGCACCGAAGGACCACUGCAGGACCCUGCUGAUGUCUCUUUACUCGUCUUCCUGCUUCAGGCUUUGUGACGUCAGACCUUCGGGUCUCUUUUGAAGACUGAAAUCUCGUAAAGCUGCAGAUUUUCUCGUGUUAGGACUCUUUAUGCCGCCGCCGCCUUUUCUCCUUCUUCUUUCUGAGAGACUUCUCAGGACUGUGUUCAUGUUUGUAUCUCCGAUUGAAAGAUGUGCACUAAAUCGAGUUUAUCAGCACAAAGUGUCUUUAAGAGAAAUGUCAGAAAAUGUCCAUGUGAUUACAAAAUAAAGAGAAAAGAAAUCUGUUCAGUCUAAA